CCCGCCCGUUCGAAACGCUCCAGCGCGUUUCAGGUCAAAUCAUAGAUGAGCUUUGCUGUAAAGGGUCUCCGAUCCUGGGCCAGUGGACCAGAAAAUAGCCCGAGGUUACUUGCGCGAAGGUAUCCGGGAAACGUGCGGAUCUGAGCCUGCAAGACACGCCCGUGCAUCUUGGACGGUUCAUGCCUGCGGUGACCCGGGCGUUGCAGAUCACAAGCCUUGGUGCUUCUCAAAGCUCGAAGGAUUCAUCGGGUUAUGUUGUGUAAUCAGAUGCGUUCUUUGCUUCUGGGAACUAGCACUGGAAAGGAAAUCUAGCUUUUUAGUGAAAAUCCCAGUGAUUUAAUGUUAAGAAUUUACAGAGCUGAAUCUUAUGCUGGUCUCCAAGAAUUUAAAUCUGCACUAGAUGAACUGAAUGCUGUUACUGCUAAAAUGCCAAAUUGGCCUGAGGUAUAUUUCAGAAGAGCAACAAUACUUAAUAAUGCUGGUUCUGUAGAAGAUGCCUUACAGGUCUUUCUUCAUUGUCUAUCCCUUGAUGAAGGAUUUCUUCUAGCAAAACUAGAAGUGGAAAAGAUACUGUGCAAUUUGCUGUCACCAGAAAACGUGAGUGAGAGUUUGAAAGAAUCUGCUUUAAAUUCUUCACAUGUUCGAAGUAAACAGCUUAUACACAGCUCUGAAUUUGAAAUGGAAGAGUCUUGUGAUUGUUUACAGCUCACCCCAGUGUCAGACUUAGAAGUGCCACAAAUUACAUUAGAAACCAUUGAAGGAAGUUUGCAACGUGCCCAGUCUGCAAAUUCUCUCAAUUCAGUAGAAAAAGAUGCCAAAGAUGAUGGAUUAAAAAGAGUUUCUUCUGAACCAUUACUUUCUGGCCAAGAGAAAAGUGCUUUUUUAAAAAGGAAGUUGUCCUUUUCUGAACAAGAUAUUAUUUUUUGUGAAGAUGGAAGGAAUAAACAUAAAAAACGAGAAACUCUAAAAGGGAAUGCUACCUUUUCAGUCAGUUGUGGAGCAGUUCCAGAAAAUUUGGUUGAUGUAGCAGAUUUUGAAUGCUCGUUGUGUUUGAGGCUUUUUUUUCAUCCUGUGACAACACCCUGUGGCCAUACAUUUUGCAAGAACUGUUUACAACGCUGUUUGGACCAUGCUCCUCAGUGUCCCCUCUGUAAAGAAAGCUUAAAGGAGUUUUUGGCACGUAGAGAAUACAGCACUACACAGUUGUUAGAAGAACUAAUAGUGAAGUAUUUACCUACUGAAUUAUCUGAGAGAAAAAGAAUUAAUGACAAAGAAAUAGCUGAACUCUCAAGCUUGACCAAGAAUGUUCCUAUCUUUGUUUGCACUAUGGCCUACCCAACUGUGCCUUGCCCCCUCCAUGUGUUUGAGCCAAGAUACAGACUGAUGAUUCGAAGAAGUAUAGAAACUGGGACAAAACAAUUUGGGAUGUGUGUACAUGACCCCAAAAAUGGAUUUGCAGAUUAUGGCUGCAUGUUGUACAUUAGAAAUCUUGACUAUCUGCCAGAUGGACGAUCUGUUGUGGAUACAAUUGGAUUAAAGAGAUUCCGAGUUAUUCAAAGAGGGAUGAAAGAUGGUUAUUGCACUGCAGACAUUGAGGAUUUAGAAGAUAUAAAGGUUAAAGAUGAAGGUGAGAUGAGAAAACUCCAGGAGCUUCAUAAUUUUGUAUAUAACCAGGCUUGUAGCUGGUUUCAAAGCUUAAGAAAUAAAUUUCGUAGCCAAAUACUUCAGCACUUUGGUCCAAUGCCAGAGAAGGAAGAAAACAUGCAGGAAACAGCUAAUGGACCUGCUUGGUGUUGGUGGCUUCUAGCUGUUCUCCCGGUGGACCCUAGAUACCAGCUUUCAGUGCUUUCUAUGAGGUCUUUGAGAGAACGUUUGAUAAAAAUUCAAGCUAUAUUGACCUAUUUCUCCAGAGACCAGUCCAAAUGAUUAAUUGUCCAGACCUUACUAAAACAUUCUGGCUGUAACUUCAGCUGAUUUUUUUUUCUUGCAGAAUUUGCACUUUUAGUCCUGAUUUGAGAACUAUUAGGAAUAUUUUUCCUAUAUCAAUAGUUGUUCACAAGGACCACUUCAGUUAGAAGGAUGCCAUUAACUUUGCACACACACAAUCUAGCAGCAAAAUAUGGGAAGGUUUAUUUGCACUAUAUACAAAUGGGAAUGUAUCAUACUAUUGUCAAAAUGUUUCCACUGACUAUUAAGAAUGGUGGAAAGUGCAAGAUUUAACAUGUAUCAGUUCAAGUUUACAGUAUUAAGGAUGAAUCCAAAAUCUUGCAAAUCAGAAUUUGCCUCAGCUACAGCAGCACCUUGUUGCUAUUUGCACAAGUAUUUAAUAUUGACUGUUGCUAUAGCUAAGUUCUGUUUUAAGUACUUAAAUGUAAAUUUGGUACAAUUUUCUUGCAAAAUUAUUGUAUUAAUUUGGAGCCAUGUUAAAGAACAGUUGAAAAAUACUUCAAGAAGCUGUUGCCACUGUGAAUAUGUUACCUAUAGUUAUAUAUUGUGAGAGACUAGAAUUAAACAUAGAUGACUACUAGUGUAUGUUAUUUGGAGUUAAUCAACAGAUUAAACAAUCUCUCCAGUAUAUAACAAAAUAAAACAAAAAGUAGGCAUAACAACACUGGUGGGCUCUGUUGGUGAAACCUUCAAUAGGCUUCAUGGACUCUUGUUAGUUAGAGAGGAAAAACUUGAGGUCUCCUCUCCUGACCUGGUUUCCAAAAGAAAUCAUUUUUCUACAUCAGUUUCACGACUGGUGAAGCCUCCCUGUUCAGAGCAUACUAGGCAUAGUCAUGGGAGCCGUGUGAUUUUGUGGUAACUUAAUUCCUUUUCUGGUACUUUUCUAAUGCUAGAGCUAAGGUUGGUGGGACACCAGGAGGAUGUUUUCAGUCAGAUUUCUUCCUCCAAGAUUGGGUCUUUAUUUCCAACUUUGGAGGGAGAAAUUUCAUGCAUCCCAUACCUUCUGGAAUAUGUCUUCUCCAAACCCUAGGUUUUCAGUGACAGAAAAAUCAUUCCUAAAUUUAUACACAUAAUACCAAGACUAGUUACAAAGUCUGCAUUUGAAGAAAAUCAGAGAUUUUUAAAAAUUUUGCUGUGUCCCACUAACUGCUCUUACAUGUAAGCUGGCCCUGUUUGGGAACUACUGAAGUAUGCUUUUUUAAAUACCAAUUUCUGGAAAACAGAAGUUUGGAAACCCAGAUUUCCAUGCCUUAUUCGUAUCAAAUUAUAUUGCAACACACAAGAUGGCAGUCUGCUUGCCAAUAAGUUCAUUUUGUAGUUUGUUUCUCAAAUGUCUGUCUUAAAUGUGACUCAUUUUAUAAAGUAUUUCUUUAAAAAUUUUGCUUUUGCUAAUAUUUAAUUUUCAAUAAACCUAAAAUUUAUAUUUUUAACAUACUUUGAUCAGAAUUCUUAAUACUUUGAGAACUUUAGCAUUUGUAAUGCCUUCUAGUUAAUUUAGCAUUUGUAAUGCCUUUCAGCUUGUUGCAAAUACUUUGCCUUACUUCAGCAUGGCACUGAAUGAUUUUGAUGACAGUGACAAACAGUUUAGUUUGGCUAUAUUCAAGUAACUUUUCCUGACUAACACUAUACAUUUUUGAUAUUGUCUUUCAGAUUAGGGAUUAUUAACACUAUUUGUGUGUUAAACAUGCAUCUCAUGAAAGGGGACAGAUUAAUUAAAAAAAAAAUCCUUUUGACCAGGAGCUUACUUUUUUUACACAUGGAACAGCAGUGUUGUAAGGUUGAUUGAACCAAGAUAUAGUGACUAGCCCAAAAUCAGUGAGCUUCCAUAGCUGGUUCUUCCCUGUCUUAGCCCAACAGCUUAAAUGCUGUAUCAAAGCUCUUCUGAAGCACCACCACCACACCUUCCAACUACACUUCCCAGAAACCUGUGGGUUGCAUGGUGCAAGAGAAGAUGAAAGGGGCAUAUCCCCACCCUCUUUCCCACAUCCCUCUGGCCCCUGCACUCAAUUGGUUGGCGGCAAGGCCCAAUGGGUGAGUGGCUGCUUUUGAACCAAGGCCAAAACUUGAAAUCUCUUAACAGCAGUGGGCAGCAAGGGAAGGAUGAGGGAGCAACUCAGAUGCCUGCUGGCAAGAUG